UAAAGCAAUACAUGACUCUAUAUAUUACGCUGUAACGAGGAAGAGACUAGAAUGGAGUGUAAGCCAUCUCAAGGGUCUCCUGCUCCCUUACAUAUCAAUCUGACUAGCCGAAUUUUCCCCGGAGCUGGACGGAAAAUGGGUUCUUUCUGUGGAUUUCUAGAGUUUCAGAAUUUCUUUCUUGGUUAAGUUCAAGAGCCGGCCGCAAGUAACAAGUGCUUGUGCAGGACAAUCAUUAGAGAAGAUGGUGCAGUUUACCACUAUCCUUUCAACUUUGGCAAAAAAUAUUUCUAUUAGGAGUGGUAGAAAGAGUAGAGUUGGUGUUGGGAGGGAAGCCGCAGAUACUUUGGCCAAGGAAGCAAGAAAAAAUGAAAUGAUGUUGACUUCUUCUGGCAUUGUCAAUGCAAACAGGACCAGUAAUAUGGCUUCAGCUUAUUCUAAGAAGGGGAAGAAAGGAAUAAAUCAGGAUCGCUUUAUUGUCUGGGAGGAGUUUGGAUGCCAAGAGGACAUGAUAUUCUGUGGCAUUUUUGACGGGCAUGGUCCUUGGGGACAUCUUGUGGCCAAGACAGUGAGGCAAUUGAUGCCAUCCUUUUUGCUGUGCAAUUGGCAAGAAACUCUUGCUCAAUUUGUCGUGAAACCUGAUAGUGAUGAAUUUGGAUCAUCAGAUGGACGCCGCUGCCAGUUUGACAUAUGGAAGCAGUCUUACUUCAAGGCUUGCUCAGCAAUUGAUUAUCAACUUGCUCAGCUUCCAGGGAUUGAUUCUUUUUAUAGUGGUUCAACAGCUUUGACAAUUGUCAGACAGGGUAAUCUCAUUGUUGUUGCAAAUGUUGGUGACUCUCGGGCUGUGUUGGCAACAACUUCUGAUGAUGGCAGCUUGGUUCCAAUUCAGCUUACUGUUGACCUGAAGCCUAAUUUACCUCAGGAAAGCGAGCGAAUUACACAGUCAAAUGGAAGGAUAUGUUCCUGUCAUGAUGAACCGGGGGUAUACAGAGUUUGGAUGCCAAAUGGAAACACACUUGAAGGCCCUGGAUUAGCAAUAUCAAGAGCCUUUGGUGACUACUACAUCAAAGACUUUGGUCUAAUUUCUGAACCAGAAUUAACACAGAGAAGGAUAACAGAUAGAGAUCAAUUUGCCAUUUUGGCAACAGAUGGUGUGUGGGAUGUCAUCUCUAACCAAGAAGCUGUGGACAUAGUAUCUUCAACACCUGAAAGGGAAGAAUCGGCUAAGAAGCUGGUAGAAUCAGCAGUCUGUGCAUGGAAACGCAAGAGACCAGGUAUCGCAAUGGAUGACAUAUCAGCCAUCUGCCUAUUUUUUCACGACUCUUGUCCCUCACAAGAAUUUGAUCCUUUGAAGCUUAGUAAGAAACUUGCAUGAAACACGAGGAGGAGGGAUGCAUUUGCUGCAGCCUCGCUUUCUUGAUGUAUAUGAAUUUGCUAUCAUUCCAGGCCUCUGUCUUUGUAAAUACGUAGGAACAGUUAUGAGCUGAAUGACCCGAAAACAUAAAAGUU